CUUACAAAAAAAAAAAAAAAUACAUUGAGGAAUUCAUGGAGAAGCAAGUGGGAGAAAAGGGCUUUUGUGUGUGUGUGAAGGGGCAAUUUCUUGUGUCUCCCACCGCCCCUCCUCCCAGACGGUCAGGUCCCGCCGCGGCCCUCCCUCCCCAGUUUUAGCCCUUGGCCAGUAGAUCCAGUGGGCGGGGUAGCCUCUGCAGUCUUGCCUUCUCUUGCUUCCGAAGGCGAAGGCGCGCGGAGAACAAGGCAUUAACUUAGCGCCCUGGGACUCUAAGAGGCUCAGUGGAGUUCUGCGCCUCUUAGAGUCUCCAGCUCUGGGAAGCGGUUAUCCCCAGUUCAUCGAGGGAAUUGUGUCAGACUUUUUCGGUGUGGGGGUAGUAGGCAGAGGGACCAAGGCGGGCCCUCCUGGCUCCCGCAUCUCACAGGGUUAGCUGUGGACAGCGCACUCGUCUGUUGCGACUCCUCCCUCACCAGACACUUCUCGGAAAUGGAGCAGUCACAGUGUGGCAGUAGAGACCGCAGCCGCAGCGGCCCACUCCACCUGGCCCCGGGACUGGUGGUAGCUGCCCCUCCGCCCCAGUCUCCGGCGUUACCGGUACCCCCGGGGAUACCUGUUCCUCCAACUUUCCUGCGCCCGUCCAGCCUCUUUCUGAGGGCAGCCUCCAGCGCGGGAAGCGGAGGUUACCCGCCGCCUGCCGAACUGGAAAGGGGGGUGGGCGCUGUGGCCGGUGGCUACCCACGGACACCCAAGUGCGCCCGUUGUCGCAACCACGGAGUGGUGUCAGCCCUCAAGGGCCACAAGCGCUUCUGUCGCUGGCGGGACUGCGCGUGUGCCAAGUGCACCCUGAUCGCCGAGCGCCAGCGUGUCAUGGCCGCACAGGUGGCGCUGCGCAGACAGCAGGCCCAAGAGGAGAGCGAGGCUCGGGGGCUGCAAAGGCUUCUGUACCCUGGACCCUCAGGGCCAGGGGGUCGGUCAUCCGGAGGCUGCAGCAGAACGGAGACUUCCCAGACGACCUCGAGCGGACCUGCGACGGUGACUGCUCUGGGACUGAGUGCCUCGAGACAGGCUAGUGGUCUGGCGACCCCUGUUUUCGAAAUUUUCCAGCCAGAUUAUAUAGAGGCAAAACAAGGACAAAAGGAGAGUAAAUGUGACUCAUGCCAGAGUGGACAAGAAGAACUGGGGUCUAAAUCCCAUCAAUUUACCCUGAGAUCAUCUCCUAAGUCUAAUGAUGUCGCUGGAAAACAAAACAUCAGGUCAUCUAUUUCAGAAAACCCAAACAAGGAUGAUAGCAUUCAGUCUCUUUAUCCUGGGGAGCAGUCAGGAGGGGAAGAGAGUCCCAGGUCCCUGUCAUCCUCUGAUUUGGAAUCAGGAAAUGAAAGUGAGUGGGCCAAAGACUUCACUGAUUCUACAGCCAGCCAUCCCACUGUGUCCUCUAGACCAAGAGAUCCUCUUGAUAUCCUUACCAAGAUUUUCCCAAGUUACAGACGCAGCAGGCUAGAAGGCAUUCUGCAGUUCUGCAAAGGGGAUGUGGUCCAAGCUAUUGAAGAGAUCCUAAAUGGAAAAGAACACAAACCAGACACCAGGGACCUAGCAAAUUCAGGAGCAUUGGAAAACACAGCUUUUCCAAGAGUUUCGAAUUUUAGUUUAGCUGGAAUUGGUUUUGGAACUCUAGGAAAUAAAUCAGCUUUCUCUCCCCUUCACACUUCUGCUUCUUACGGAGGUGAUUCAAGUCUCUAUAGCUUAAAUCCUAGACUAGGUAUCAGUCCAUUUCGACUGGCAUAUUCCUCUCCAGGGAGAGGGCUGUCUGGUUUCAUGUCUCCAUAUCUGACUCCUGGGUUGGUACCAGCAUUGCCUUGUAGGCCAGCUUUGGAUUAUGCCUUUUCAGGAAUGAUUAGGGAUUCUUCUUACCUUCCCAUCAAAGACUCAGUAACUGGUGGCAGACUGUAUUCCAGGCCAAAUCAGAGCAACCUGUAAUGCAUCUGCCUACGUCCCUUUCUGGAGUAUUUCUAGAAGCAUGCACUAUAACCCACAUACCCACAUCUAUUAAUGUGUUCUCUAUGUAUCAGUCUUUAAAAAUGCUAUUUUUUUUUACAAGCAAUAUAAUAGAUUUGAGAUCUAAAGACUCUUCUUUAGCAUUUAUUAAGUGAAAGAAACAUUUAAACAUCAUGUGUGCCUUGAAUAAAACCAUUUCAGGAAAUAUUUUUACUUUAAUGAAUUUUCUCCUUAAGAUAUCGGUUGUAAAUUCCUAAUUUAACACUAUACUUGUUUUUAGUUCAUUGAAAAAAUGGAGCAUAUAAUUAUAACAUACAUUAUGAAGCAGUCUAGCAUUAUAUAAAAUGAGCCGGAAGUAAGAAUUGAAAAAUUGAGGUAAUUCUAAGUAGUAUUCUAAACUUUUUUUCCUCCUUCUGCUUCUUGUACACAGGAGAAAUAAAAGGUAUUCAAAGUAUUUUAUUCACAUAUAAGUGAUUAGUAGUUAGUAAAACUGUUGAGACAUUUAAGUCCUUAUUUUUUUCUGAAUGCCUUGUUUUUCAUUCCUAUCUACCAUUGGUGAUAAGUGCCAUUUAUAAAACAUUUCUGUUUAAAGGAAACAUUUUGUGAGUUAAACAAAGGUCUAUGAAGUAAAUCUUAGGAAAUGAGAAUGCUCCAUCUCCUGGCCACUAUCACUAAUUGCAGCUAAGUGCUGGAAUGGUGUAGAAAUUAGAUACAAAUGGUUCCUAAUAUUAGUAUGAUGUACCCAUUUUUUGAAAAUGGUUAUUUUGGAUCACGCUAUAUUGAAUUUUCAUAUUAUAAAAUGAACAUCUAAUGAGGAUGAGGAUUUAAAUCUUUACGCUUAUGCUUUAAUCUGGGGAAAUAACCUUUUCCAUAUGUUUGUGGCAGGACUAUGGCAGCCAUUCUCAAAGGUAAAAAUCAUUUUAUUCAGAAAACUUAAAUAGCUGCUCAUAUGAAUAUUAAAUGACUCUAGAUAGAUAAUGCUUAAUGCAUUGAAGGGAUAAAAGAUUUCCAAGGGGAAAAAUUGUCAUUAAAUUUUAAAGGUUUUCUUGAGAUUUUAAAAUUACUUUUGUUCUCCAUCUAGAGAAUUUGAAAGUUAUUUAUUUUAGUCAGUGGGAAGUCCCUGAGAACAAAACAAUUUUAUGAAAUUUUCUUUAUUUGUCAUCAUUUAUCUUUUAAAGGAUUGGAGCUCUAUUCUGUUGUUAGGAAUAAAUGGAAAUCCAGCUGUGGUGUGAAAUAGUUGAUGAAUUAGAGAUGGUUAAAAGAAUUUGACAGCAUUAUUUACUAAAGAUUUCUUAAAUUAUGUGUAUGUGUGUGUGUAUGUGUGUAUUUAUAUAUACUUGUGUAUCUUACUAUCUGUAUAUUAUACAUUUAAGCUCUGUUGGUUCUGUCAUCUUUAGACUUUUCCAUUGAGCCAGAUAAGAAUAUAUUUCUAAAGUAUAUUUUACCAGCAAAUAUCAUAUUAAAUAACUGCAUAGAAUCUGAUGCUGAUUUAGGAUGUAAAUGUGUAAUAGAGUAUGCAUUAUUUUUAAUGAUAUGAAUGUGAGAAAGCAGAUCUUAUAAAGAUUUGAUACAGUUAAUAUUCAUUAUUUAUUAAAAAGGUUUUAGAUUCCAAGCCUAAAUCAUAGUAUAAUGCUUGGCAAGUAGUUGAUAUUCAAUUAAUAUAUACUAAAUGAAGGAACCAUUUUGGAUGGUAGAUCUCUUUGAGACUGAUAAAACCAAAGAACUCUGCAAAGUGGUUUACAGACAUAGUUUUGAAUACAAUUUCUUGGGAUUCUUGAAUCUCCUAAAUGCCAUUCAGGUUAGAAUACUUGGUGAUUUUUAAGGUAUUUCCACUAUAUUAAUUCAUUUGUUGAAUGUUAUUUUAAAAGUGCUAGAUCCUAUAGAGGAUACCGAAUGUAAAAUGUGCUCUCAAAGAAGUUACAUUAUACAAUAGAGGUCUGAUACAACAACAUAAGAGUUCUAGAGUUGCUGGAUUCUUUACGUGGAUUAUGUGAUGAUGUGCAUGUAUCCAUUUGCCUUUUGAACUGGGGAGAACAUCCAUUAGGGACAGUUUUCAAAUUUUUAAAACUGUUUUAUAAUUUUAAAACUUAAGUUAAUUUACAUAGUACUUUAUACAUUUCCUACCCUUUACAAUAAGUUUAGAACUCAAACAGUCUUACAGAAUAUUUUGUCCAACCACUAACUUGAAUGUGAGGAGAUUGAGGUUUGGCAAUAGUAUUGCCCAUCCUUAUGUUAAAAUACUAUUGCCAGUUGUUAGGAGUGGAAGUUACUUUACCAGUUUCAAUUAGGCUAUAAAGUCUGAGGAAGGAUUCAUGCCUGUUUGUCCACUCACAGCUUCCUAGAGUUUCUGGGACUUAAAUAGGUGCUCAAGUUUUGCACUGACUGAAUUAAGUGAAAGAUAAAAAUACUAGUUUAUUCAACAACUAUUUAUUAAGCACCUACUUUGUGCCAGGCAUUGUGCUAGACCAGAGGAUAAAGAGGUGCCAAGAUAUGAGACCUGCCCUUAAGCUGCUCACAGACUGUUACCCAUGUAUACAAAACCAACCCACCAACCAGUGGUGGCAGUAUUUGACAGUGUUGGUACAUCAGCGAGUUCUGUGUAAUCUUGAGGUUUAUGCUCAUCCAUGCAGCUUGAGGUAUGAACUCCUAAAUCACUAAUUAAGGAUGGGAAGGAAGAAGGAGAAUACCUAUUCCAUGUUGAUUCCUCUGAUUCAAUGCGUAGGCCUCAUGGUGUAAGCUGUCAUCUAGCUAUUCUGUGAAAAUGGAUUAGUUAGGGGAACAACUGAAGAGCAAGUGAGUAAAAUCUGCUAUUUUUCCCUUCAACUUCUGCUGAACCAAAAAGAUGCUGGGGAUUUUAAGACCUUCCCUUCUAGAGAUUCCUGUCUGUGAACUUGGAACUAAAAAAAUUAUUUACAAAGUGACCUAUCCAUUCAACUCUUUUUUAAAAUGCAUGUUCCUUAGACAUUUAUUUGUCUUUGAAAUUAAAAAGCCUGCACAAUACAAGAGAAGCUUAUGUACUGUGUAAAUAGAAUUAUGCUGGCAAGCACAAGAGGAGAUGAAGCAUCAUCAGCUUCAUAAAGUCAAAGGUCUACUCAGGGCAGCCUGAUUCUUAAGCAUAGAUGCUCAUCCUUUAGGAGAAAGGAUCUCACUCAGAUUCAUUCUUCCCAUCCCCACACAUCUCCAAAUAAUCUCAUUAUUGAUGCCUCCACUGCAAAGCUAUACCUUUAAUUAUUUGGCAUCAUGUCCUGUAAAAUUUAAGCUGUUUUGAUGUAACACUUCAGAGCAACUGUGCCAAACAUUAAAAUACCCUUUGUUGGUUUUUGCUUACUAAAUAUUUCUCAAAUGAGAAAAAUUCAUUGUCAUUUCCCCUUUCUGAACUCCAUGCUAAUGAUGAAGGGUUCGGGGAAAAUAGGAUGACAAGUAUAAGAACUAUAGCGAUGUCUAUUUCUCAUUUUUACCUAACUGGUAAUUUAAAAAAUGGCAUUUUAAUUUCUCAAGACUGUGUCACAGUAUCCGUAAGUCAAAAUGACCACAUGAUGUCGUCUCAUGAGAACAUUAAUAGUUUUAAAAUAGGUACACAAAUGUGGUCUUUUCAAAACAUCUAUGUCAAAAUGUUUUUUAAAAAUAUCCAAUGUUAACAUCCAUCCUAGCAACAAGUUCAAUAAACAAUGGACUAGAUGUUUAUAGUUAGCAGGAAAUAUAAAGAGAGUUGAGCAAGUGUGCCAAAGAUUGUUGACUAGAAAAAUCUGAGUCAAGCAGCAAAUGUUUUAGAAUCCUGUCCUUGACCUUUUAUAAAACUUCUGGCAGAUGAAGAAAUAAAGAUAUACAAUUCAUUGUUAUCUUAUUCAUGGACCACACUCAUCUGUGAAUGGCAACUGAUUUUUCAGUUGACAGAAUCAAAUUUUAAAUGAUUGAUUCUUAGACUGUAACUCCUAUUGCAGUGAGUUGAUAUAACAUUCAAGAUCUUAGGGUUAAAAAAAUCAACUGUACACACAUAGAUAAGAAGAAAGAGAGACCUGAGUUUGCAACAAGUUUUUGAGAAAAAAAGUAAUGUUAUUUAUUGGUUUUACUGUGAGAUUACCAUGUAACAUGGCUGUUCUAAAAGUUCAGUUGAUAUUUAGGUUACAUUAAUAGGAAAAAUGUAUGUAAAAGGAGGGAGAUGAUGGUUCCAUGUACUCUGAAAUAUGAGUUCUUCAGAUAUUAGCUUAAGUAAUGUGUUCAGUUCUGAGUGCCAUAUAUGAAGAGUGAUUCUAAAACUUGGGAUAUAAGCAAAGAGGCAUAAGAUACUAAAUGACUAUGGUGGGAAUGUAGGGUUCUAUAAGAAAUAUUUUUAAAAGUAGGAGAAAUGAAAAUGUUUAAAGAACUAGCAUAUAACAAAAAUGACUGUAAGGUGAAUAGAAGGCAAAAGUUACAUAGAGAAUUUAGAGGAACGUGAAGAAGGAUACUGUAAUUGCAUUUAAUCCACUUCUAGUGAACCUGGAACCCCAAAGGCAGACAUCACUAGAGAAAUAAACAAUGUUAGGUCCAGUUUGUUUGUUGCUGUUUGAUUGUUGAUUUCAUAGGUGAGCCAUUCUUUUUUUUUUAAUUUUAUUUUAUUUUUAAACUUUACAAUAUUGUAUUAGUUUUGCCAAAUAUUGAAAUGAAUCCGCCACAGGUAUACACAUAUUACUGUACAUGGUUUUUUUUUUUUUUUUAUUGUUUUGCGGGAUAUAUGGAGUAAAUGAGCAGCAAAUGAGUUUUAUGUUUAUGCUACAUUUAUCAGUCAGUAUUCAACCAGGAAAAGAGUACCAGUAGGGAGUUAUUUUAUAUUAUAAAAUAUAAAGUUAUUUUAUAAAUUAGGGAGGUAUUUUAGAAAUUCGACUGAAUACGUACAUAAGGAGCUGGGAAGAUAAAGUUUGGUAGAGGGAAAUAGGCAGAUCAGAGAGUUACUAACUAAUCUGCCAAGUGUUGGUAUGGGUAGACAAAUGGUCUUUCAAGAGAAGUAGAAAUUUUCAGGAAAUCUGUGAGAUCUAGCAUGUCAAGUCACUCAGAUGGUUCCAAGGAAAGGUGUUGUGAAGGAGGUAUAAAGGAAGUUAAUGCCUCUGCACAGCUUCUAAUUCUGUGGGUCUGGAAGCAGGUACCAGGUGAUGGACCUGAAACUACAGGUGAUCAGCAAGUCCAGCAGUCCAGUGCACUCCUUGUCAAUAUGGCAUUCAUACUCACUUUUACUAACCAUAUUUACUUCCCAAUAAAGGUAAAACGUAAUUCAUUAUUUCACCUAAAAUUGAUUCUUUGUUCAAUGAAAACAUGUAUGUCCCUUCAUAAGAGAGAAUACAAAGUGAUUUACCCAUGUUUGAGGGAUGCUCAUUCCUCUUCUGACUGAGUCAGAACCCCCCUUAAAUAUCCUAUCAUUCUGAGGUAUUGUUAUAACCACUAUUAGUAAAUCUUAUGUUACAAUAAGGAAAUGGGGGUCACUUAGAAGCAAGGAAGAAAUAAAUGCUCCUAUCAGUGCCCUCAUGUUUUCAACUAGUCAUGACAUCAGUAAUAUUUAUAACUUUGCCCAUUCUCCAUUUCAUAUUCUGUCUACUCUGCUAGUGUGUAAGUCAGUCGUGUUUCCUUAUUUGUUGAGAUUACCGAAAUCUUUAUUCCUGUCUGUUGUUAUAGUCCUGUCUUUAUUGGGUUGUUCUAGCUUUCCAUUAACUUUUACCACAGAAUAUGGGAAGACUAAGCGAUACUCUGGAGGAUCUCCUGCAUUCUGGAAAUAUUUUCCUCACCCUUUCUUGUGUCAGUGUUAUGAGGUGCCCAGAGUAGCCAGUGGUAGUCUUAGGUUCCAGUACAAUGCUGUAUUCUUUGGUGGAAUCAUUUCUCCUUUUGGAAGUACAACUUCUAAACCCCCAAAAAGUUAUAGGGAAAGGAAAUGAAAAUGUUGCUUUUGCAUCAUUAUUGUUAAUGUGAGAGGAGCUGUUUCCAUAUCUGCCCUAUGGUUCCUAAACUCCUAAAUUCUGAGUAUAGGAAAAACAUCACUACAUAUUUAUAGCUUAUUCAAAGCAUUUCUUGCAUCCUGGAUGACAUUAUUUCAGCCCCAUAAAGUGCUAUCACCAGCUGGUGUCAUAACUGAGUCUUCCAAAGGCCAUUCCAUAAUUUUAUUAGGCCAGCUGUUUCAGGAUGAGGGGAACAUAAUGACACUAGAGAAGUGCAUGAGACUGAGACCAAUGUUGCACUUCACUUGCUAUAAAAUUGUUUUUUGUCUUUUUUAUUUUUUUGUCAGAAGCAAUGUUGUAUGGAAUACUGUGAAGAUGAGUAUGGCAUUCUGUAAGCCCACAGAUGGUGAUUUAAGCAGAAACACUAGGGUAGGAAAGGCAAAACCAUGUCUUUUCCAGUGAGAACAAAGAGCUACUCCUUCAAUGAUGGGAGUGAUUCAGUGUAACAAACUUGCUACCAGGUGUCUGGCUAGUUCCCCAGGGAAUGGCCAUUUUAGGGCUCAGUGUUGAUCUUUGCUCUUGGCAGGUUGGGUACUCAGCAAUGACUUGAGCCAAAUUGGCCUCGAUGAGUAGAAAUCCAUUUUGCUAAGUCCAUACAUAAGCUCCAUAUUUCUAUGUAAUUAUUGUCUUCAUGAGCCAAUUGAGCAAUUAUGGGAAUAAAAGAAUGGGAAAAGAAUGAGUUACCUUGUGUAUAUGUUUAUUAAGGUCUCUUCCUCUAAGGUUGCUGUUUGGUGAAUAUUUGUUUGGGACAAAAUUGUUCUCUUAUCCAUACGCAUUUGGAGAGGUCUUUCCACAUACAUCUUCUGUAGAUCAUAUAUCUUCAUGUUUCUUCCAAGCUUCUGGCCAUUCAGCCAAACUGUUAGUCACUGCUCAUGACUCAUUUUAGAUUUAUACCUCUAUUCACCUCUACUUCCAGGCAGUAUGAAAGCUUGAAGUUCUGCCCAUUGAAAAGCUUUUUUUUUUUUUUUUUUUUUUUUUUACCACUUUCAGGGUCUUUCAGGGCCACACGUGCAGUGCAGCUGUCCACGUCAGCUACUGUCACGAUAGUGUGGGGAAUUGUCUGUGAUUAAAGAUCAAAUUGUGCUUUCUCAUUCUGUUUUCAUAGACAACUUCACAUUACAGAAAAAGAGAGGAGGCAGUACGGCAGGAGUACGUGAACCAUAGAUGUUUGGGCCACUUUUUGUACAACUUAUUUGUGACUUCAAAACUUGUGGAGAAAAGCCUAACUAUUACUUCCACUUGAUGGAAUACUGCUACAGUGAGCUUUUGGGGCAGACAACAUCCUAUUCAUUAGGAGUGUUUCAGGGCACAUCAUUAUUUAAUGACCAGUAGUAAGUGUUUGCACUCAGGCAGGACCCAGUAAUGUGUUAGAAGCUAUUUCUCAGUUGAGAAUAAUCUGCUGAGAAAGUAUAAUUUUUCUCCAGAAUCCCAAAGAGAUAUACUAUGUUUUAUCUGUAAGGUUCUGCUUUAGGUUCCCCAACUGUCAUAGGCACUUCAAGCACUUCAAGCAUGUGAACCAAGUGGCAAGACAGAUUGAAUAGAAGCUUGGUUCUGUUGUAGAAUCUCCUUUUGAUCUGGACCCCAAAUUGACAGCCUAUUGGGUAAUUUGGUACACAGGUUAAAGUAAGAUGCCCAAAUCAUUUAUUUUUUGCAACCAAAAUUUAGAGAUCCACUUCUCAGAGAUAGCAGGUAUCAGAUGCAGAAACACAUUCACCAUUUGAUAAGAGAAAUUUUGAUAGGCACCAGACCACUGAUGCCUAGAAACUUCACAUAUGUAAUGUAUCUCUGAUUUUCUGUGGUGUUUAUUCUUCCAUUCUCUGGCAUGCAUAUACCUUAAUAAGAUAUUUAGUGUGUAUACUACCUUUUGCUCAUCAGGUCAAAUCAGCAUGAUAUUAUUUAUAUUGUUGGCUUGCUUGAUGUCCUGUAGAAUAGAGAAGCAAACAAGUUCCUAGUGGACUAAACUAUAGAAAAUGGUUGGAGGGUUGGUAGAGCCCUAAGGAGAGAUACUAAAGUUUACUGCUGUUUCUGGUGACUUUAACAACUCCAGAGAAAAACUAUUUUUGAGAUCAAUAGCUCAAACUGGAGAAAAGGGGCAGUAUUGAAUUGCUCCAACAAAGCAAACACACCGGGAAAUAUAGCUGCAGUUGUAGUAAGCACCUAAUUUUAUAAUAGUGUGCUCUCAUUCCUCAAGAUCCAUCUGCCUUAUCUAUAGGCCAAAGAGAUGAAUUGAAAGGGGAUGUGCUAGAAUCCUUUAAACUUCUGCUGGGGAUACAAACCUUGGCAAUCUCUCCAGGAUGUUUGUUUCACUACUUCAGUGGGGUGUAAGUUCUAAAGAGCUCCAUUUGAAAUUUCCUAUUUAAUCAUCCUCAAUACACAGGAAGCCUAAUUAUUGUAGGUCAGGGAUCCAAUUUGGGGAUUCUCCCAGUUGCUAGGUAUGUCUUGACCAAUUGUGCUUUCUAGAGUUGAGGAAAUAAACACUGGGUAAAUGGGUACAUUUACUGUAAUGUAAGACUGGUUUGAAACAAAAUGUCAAUAAUGAUUAGAUCUCAUUCCUCUUCCUUAAACCUUAUCUAGCCUGGUGGAUCAUAGUAGCAGUUUAGCUUCCAAGGGAAUAGCCAUUAUCCAAUAAACACUGAAAAAAUUAUUAUUUAUCUUUUCCCAGGGUAUAGUCACCUGGUAAAUUAGCUCAGGUCCUCUUGGAUUAAGCCAGGAGAAAGAUUUAUAGUUUAAGUUAUUAGAAGUACAGCAGAGUCACUACUCAAGGGGAUCAUCCUAAGUUUUCAUAACAGGUUCAAGAUUAGACAUUUGUUGAAGAGCCAUGAGUGUCCAUUAUGGAGAUUCAAGAAAGACUUUCAUCAGAGUUAGUGCUUUCCCACAUAUACAAAUAAAGUAUGAUUUUACCAUAUUUCCCACCUAUUUCAGUCAUAAAAAUAUGAUUGAGUAGUCAAUGCCAAAAUCUCUGCAGGCCAAAUCUAUCUGUUGCUUCAGCUCAAUGUUGUUUUUUUAAAAAAUAAUAUUUGUGCUCAUCCAUGGGUGCCUGAAAGACAUGUGUGCUCUGUGCUGUUUAGUGACAUGUUCUGUAUAUGUCAAUCAGAUACUGUUGGUUGGUUGUGUUGUCUAGUUCUUCUUUAUUCUUCCUUUAUUAUUAUUCUGAUAAUCACAUGAAUUGCUGAGAGUGGGGUGUUAAAAUUGCCAGCCAUAAUUGUGUUCUUUCCUCUCAGUUUUAGCAAAACAUACACACACAACACAUAUAAUUUUACCUCCAUGUAGAAAAUAUUACUAUUAGUAAAUUAAAUAAUCGGAAAUAAUAUAAUUUGGUGACUGAUGAAAUGCUGAGUUUUUG